AUGUCAGAGAGAAUAUUUGUGGCAGACAAGAAAAACAUAUCUUCAAAGUCAAGAAAUGAAUCUUAUCCAAUGCAGAACUGUAUCCGUAGCUUAACAGCUGUAUUAAACAGAUUUUUUCAGUAUCUGUUCUUUAAAUUGACUAGUGCAAGCACCAAUGGCUCUACAACUAAUCUCCAAAAGCUAGAUUUUGGCAAGAUUUCAGAAGACCAUAAAGAAGCUGGUGUUUUGGAUUCCAGUGGAGAGCAAGUACAGCCUGAGGCCAAGUUUCAAGAAAAACUGCGGAAAUUAUGUACUUGUCCUCCUCAAGGUAUAAUUGCCAAAGUAAUAACAAACGUGGCAAUAGGAGCAGUGGCCUGGGGCCUAAUUUGGAAUUUUGCAGACAAAGAGAGUCUGCCUGGUGGGAAGAUCUUCGGAAUAGUAUGCCUCUAUUUUUGUUCAGUAAUUGGUGGCAAAAUUAUACAGCUAAUUAAAAUACCAGGACUGCCUCCUCUCCCUCCUUUUCUUGGUAUGUUGCUUGCUGGAUUUCUCAUCAGAAAUAUUAAAUACGUCAGUGAGAUGAUUGUGAUCGAAGUAAAGUGGGGAGUUAUAUUCAGAAACACUGCCCUCUCGAUUAUUUUGUCUCUAGCUGGUCUUGGCCUUGACCCAAAGGCUCUGAACAAGUUAAAAGCUGUCUGUUUCAGACUAUGCAUGGGACCCUGCAUCAUUGAAGCAUGCUCUGCAGCAAUCAUUUCUCACUUUAUAAUGAAAUUCCCAUGGGUAUGGGGGCUUAUGUUAGGAUUUGUUCUAGGUGCUGUAUCUCCAGCUGUUGUGGUCCUUUCCAUGCUGAUGUUACAGAGACAAGGUCUUGGUGUAGAUCAAGGAAUUCCAACUUUACUAAUAGCUGCUGCUAGUAUGGAUGACAUUGUAGCCAUCACAGGCUUUAACAUUUUCUUAGGCAUGGCUUUUUCCUCAGGAUCCACUUUUCGUAGCAUCUUUCGUGGUCUGGUGGAAGUUGUUAUUGGUGCAGGUGUUGGUUGCCUUUUAGGAUUUUUUAUUAUAUAUUUUCCAAGCAAGGAUCAGCAAUCCAUUGUAUGGAAAAGAGCCUUCUUUGUGAUUGGCUUCUCAGCAUGUUCUCUUUUAAGCUGCAAACAUUUUGGCCUUCCAGGAUCUGGAGGACUCUGUGUCAUUGUUUUGUCAUUUCUGGCUGGAAUGGCAUGUUCUGAUGAAAAGAAAGCAGUGCAAGAUGUUGUUACUUUUGCAUGGCAAGUGUUCCAACCAUUUCUAUUUGGACUAAUUGGAGCUGAAAUCUGCAUUACCGAUAUUGGAUUUGAAACUGUUGGGUUUUGUUUGGCCACUAUGUUUUUGGCUUUAGCGGUUCGAAUUCUGGCUACGUUUUUGUUGGUGUCUGGCUCUGGUUUUCAUUGGAAGGAAAAGUUAUUUAUUGCACUGGCAUGGAUCCCCAAAGCAACUGUCCAGGCUGCAAUUGGUUCUACUGCCUUAGAUACAGCACGAGAAUAUAAGGAUAAAAAGCUAGAAAAAUAUGGCAUGUACAUCGUGACAAUAGCUUUCCUUGCAAUCUUGAUCACAGCUCCUGCUGGAGCUGUGAUAAUUAGACUGGCUGGACCUAGACUUCUCCGCAAGACUACCAAAGGCAAUGAAGAUGCCCUAGCAAUAGACAGUUUUUCAUCAGAAGAGACAACUUAG